AUGUCAUCCAGUACGUCCACUACGUUAUGCCCUGUCUCGUGUCUGCUGGCUCGAAUGCUCAUGGACAGCUUGCCAAUGGAACAAUAGAUGAUUCUCAUGCAUUUGCGACGUGUAUAUUCAAUGAUCUACCUCCCGACUGCCAGAUUGUCGACCUCUGCUGUGGUGCCAACCAUACCUUGCUCCUCCUCGAGAAUAGGGAGGGGAUACACGAGCUCUGGGGGUGUGGAGACGGGCGUGCAGGCCAGUUAGGACCAGACUGGGUCGAGCCGGGCAUCUCAUUUCAUCCUAUCAUGCUCAACCGCGAUGGAUACAUCCCCAAAAUGAUAUCGGCAUCCUGGGAAACGUCGUACAUUGUUCUGACGCGUCUUGGGCAGCGGGAUGUGCUGAUCUCGAUGGGCGCCGAUGACUUUGGCGAUCUGGGAGUAGGGACGUCUCAUUCAGCUGCGGGUACCCAUACCGUUGAGCUGCCCUGCGAAGGAGAGAUCAUCACUGCGCUGUAUGCGGGCCAGCAUCAUGUUGUCAUCCAAGUAGAUGGAACUCAUUUAGUGGGUUGGGGUCUAUCUCGGCAUGGGCAGCUGGGAGAACCCAAGUCUAAGGUCGCAAUACCACGAAUAAUACCCAUUGAAGGCCAGAUCGUGUCAAUUGCCCUUGGCGCUCAGCACACUGCCCUCCUUCUCACCUCUGGUCAUGUCAUAGGGCUAGGAUCCAAUCGGAAAGAGCAGUUGCACGGGCUGGAGAUAAUCAGUAACGUUCGGAUGGUGGGUUGUACGUGGAAUGGCACGUAUGCGGUCGUAGAUGACCGGAUAUGUUCCACGGGGAGCCAUUCCAAAGGACAGCUUGGUAGGAGUCUGACUGGUCCGUAUGUCGAGUUCCCACAUAACCAUCAUCUGAAGAAGCUGGCAUGUGGUACGGAGCAUGUCCUUGUUCUAUUUGACGUCGUCGAAGGGGAACCUGAGGUAUGGGGUUGGGGGUGGAACGAGCACGGGAAUCUCGGUCUUGGUACAACAGAGGAUAUACCGCGUCCUGUGAAACUCUGGCCUCGAGACUCGGUGCCUAGUUCAGGGAAAGCUGUGGACAUCUGGGCAGGCUCCGGCACAUCUUGGAUAUAUGUCCGAUGAGAUGGUCAAUUGCUUUCUUUUCUUUUCCAUUAGGUGUAGGACAGCCUUGAGUCAGUUUACAUAUCUCGGAAAUCGUUGGUCGGCAGAACCUCGCUUACCGACCAAUACUCCCAAUAUCGAGCCUAUCAUUGUUCAAGGCUGUUCGAUGCGCUUGGUCUUGACGACGUUGGGCCUGGCUAGCAACUG